GGAAGGUUCGGGGCCCGCCCUCAGUCGGUGGCGGGCGGCGGCGGCGGCAGCGGGUUGCGGCUCUGUCGCGCUUCUAUCGCGCUUCUAUCGCGCUUCUAUCGGCGCAGUGCUAUGGGUGUGACUCACGAAGCGGGGCUCUCCCCUCAGGACCCGUGCGGGGGCAGCCCGGCGGGCUGGAGCCGGAGCGCGCAGGUGCCUCAGGGGAACCAGCGUGGGGCGUGCCCGGCGGCGCCCAGCGGAACAGAGACGGGGCACUGCAGAGCCGCAGCCAGACCCGAGGCGGCGGCUGAGGGCGCGCAGAAAGGGCAGACAGCCGCCGUGACGGAGUUCAUGGACGACCUGAGCCUGGGCUCGCCCGGCCACGGGGACUCUUCCCGGCGCAGCUGCAGCCGCUCCUCCGGCCGCUCGUCCUGCAGCUCCCGCUCCAGCAGCAGCUCCUCCAGCCGCUCCUCGCGCAGCUGGAGCCGCUCCCGGUCCCGCUCCCGGUCCCGCUCCCGGCGGCACGGCUCCCGGCGCUCGCGGCGGCACCGCUCUCGCUCCUACUCGCGCAGCCGCUCGCGCUCACGGCGCUACCGCGGCCGCUACCGGCCCCGGCGCUACCGGCCCCGCUCCCGCCGGUGCCGCUCCCGCUCCUGGUCCCGCGGCAGGGCCUGCUACCGGCGCUCCUACUCGCGCAGCCGGUCCCGCUCCCGGGGCCGGCGCUACUACGGCUUCGGGAGGAGCGUCUACCCCGAGGCCUACCGGGGCUGGAGGAGCCGCUCCCGCACGCGCUCGCGGAGCAGGUCGCCUCUGCACCUCAGUGAAAAAGACAAGAGAGAACUGCUGGAAAUUGCAAAAGCCAAUGCUGCCAAAGCUCUGGGAACAGACAACAUUGUCCUGCCAGCGAGCCUGAAGAUCUCUGCUCCUGCCAAGGAGAUCAAAACUGAGAAGCAGGAGCGUGAGGAAUCCACGGAGUCAGCUGAGCAACCUGGGAGUGCAGCUGAGGACGUGAGCAAGGCUGGCAUGGAGAGAGCAACCAUCCAGAGGAGCAUCUCCUUCAGCCCUAAUAACACAAUGGCCAAGCCUGCCCUGCAGAAGCCAGUGAGCCACGCUGUGGCUAAGGAGCCAGUGGUUUCUCCAGCCAGGGAGGAUGACAGGAAGGGAAGCCCCUAUGGGCAGUGGGUUCCCGUCAAGAAGGAGGAGAAGAAAACAUUCCUGAACUUCUCACCCAAAAGCGCCCUGUUCCGGGCACGCUGAGGGGAGGCACCCCUCAGCAGAGACUUGGAGAUUUCUGAUGGGCUUGAAGACUUGUUAAUACUGAGUAUUUAUUUUGAGGUCUUAAUUUUUGGAAUCUUAGGUUUCUCUUUCAGAUAGAGAGAGCACACAGAUCCAGAAGCCACAGAUGGGAAUCUUGUGUAUAUUUGUAAAUAUUUUAUAUUGCUUUAUUGGACUAGAACUUGCAGGUGGGUAACUUUUUCUAAACCAUAGUUGCGUAGCUGUUCUUUGAACACCUGGAUUUACCUUGUGCAAUUGUUUACUUCAAGUGAAUAAAGUUUAGUUUUGCACUGGC